AGUAUCAAGAAUGGGGGACGGCGCCAUGACAAAGCCUCUUGGGUUUUGUUUAAUUGUCACAGCUCACAUGCUUCACAAUGGCUGCUCUCACCAAACAGACGUCAUUGGAAUCCUCAACAAGAACAUCAUCCUGGAGUUCCAAUUUCAGAACUUCACAGACAUCAGUACUUCUUCAGUUUACACAGAACACACAAGAAAGAUUGCAGACUGUACAAAGGACAAAAAUUGCUCAGGAUCAAACACUUGUGUUUUUAAUCAUGUGCAUGCUGCUGUAUUUUACUGCAUCAUGAAUCUCACAGACAACCACAGUAAGAUUUACUGGGCGACUUUGUUCCCAAAGUCAGGAGAAAUGAAGCACAGCAAUCAUAUCCACUUGAUUAUCCGAGAGGACAACACAACCAGCAGAGGUGCUCCAGUACCACAGAACAACACAAGCAAUGGGGAAAAUGAAGGUUCCAAUGCCUUUUUAGUUGAUAUCAGUUUUGUUGCUGCAAUUUCAUUUCUGGCAUUUUUAGUUGCUCUGCUUCCUUGGUUCAUCUGGUGCCUCGUGAAAAACAAAGAGCAUCAUCAACAGCAAAUUCCUAAUCCAAUACUACAGGAAACAGUUGUGGCUUCCAUCAAUUUGCCAGCACCAUCACCCAUCUACAGCAUCUUGGAUUUUCCCAAAAGACCUCAUGCAGCGCUGGAGAUUCAGCCAACUGAGACAGAGUAUGCUGCUGUCAGCCAUCUACCAAAAAAGCGUAGACUGUGAUGCCCUCUAAAUGUAUACCUGAUUUUUCUUGGAUAAAAUGCCACAUUGUAACACAAUUGCAAUCUGAUGAUUUCAUCUAAUGCCUAUUUAACAAAGGAGCAACUAGAGCACCGCGCAAACCUCCUCCAACACUAGUUUCCAUUUCCGCAAAUUUAUACCUUGGAGAAAAUUUUCAAGGUCCAAGUCCUGUUAGAAAUGACUUCAUAAGCUAAGCUACAACACAAAAUAUAGAUCAAAAAGGGCUUUUCAGUGUUAAAAUCAAAUAAAUCCACAAUCUGGAGCAGGGACCUCAUGGACAAAGCGUGCAUACGCACAAAAACGUGGCAUUGCCUGUCUCUAUGCCAACAUUCAGAUGUAUCAAAAGUUAAAUGACCGUGGAUUUGUGUGGUGUGUCACGCAAAAAUCCUAGCUGGCGUUCACACGUUUCUACAGCUUAUUGUUCCUUUGCCAACAUGUAGAGGUGAUGCUGGAAACUGUGAAUUGUGUGAA